CUGGUGCCGCCCUUUCUAUCAUGCUUGGUUGAGAAGCUAUACUACAGUUUUUUUUGUAGCUCCCUCUGCCCAAGCGCACAGCAGUUCAAUUCGGAGGAGCUGAACGGAAUUCCAGAACGUCAAGUGAGAAGUCGCUUUUCAGAAGGUUUCCAAAGGAUAAAUAGCGAUUCGUCAGACCGGACACUGAUUUAAAUAGUACCUAACGCGAAAAACGAAAGGUAUAAAAACCCCAAAAAAUACAAAUGGAGGAUAAAAACAAUCUUAUUCAGCAGGCCAAGCUAGCGGAGCAGGCCGAGCGCUACGAUGAUAUGGCCGCUUCAAUGAAGAAAGUAACAGAGCUGGGAGUCGAACUGUCCAACGAAGAGAGGAACCUGCUGUCUGUCGCCUACAAGAAUGUGGUAGGAGCCCGCAGGUCCUCCUGGAGGGUGAUAUCCAGCAUAGAACAAAAGAGCGAAGGGAGUGAGACGAAGUCGGAGAUGGCCAAGUCGUACCGCGAGAAGGUGGAAAACGAGCUGAAGGAAAUCUGUCAAGACGUACUGAACCUGCUGGACAAGUUUUUAAUUCCCAAAUCUGAGAACGCCGAGAGCAAAGUCUUCUAUUUAAAGAUGAAGGGAGACUACUACAGGUACCUUGCCGAAGUUGCUGGAGACGACAAGAAAGAAACCAUAGAAAGCUCUCAAGCUGCGUACCAGGCAGCAUUUGAGAUCAGCAGGACAGACAUGCAGGCCACUCAUCCGAUCCGGCUGGGUCUGGCGCUCAACUUCUCCGUCUUCUACUACGAGAUUCUCAACUCCCCUGAAGAAGCCUGCAAGCUGGCCAAGACGGCCUUUGAUGAAGCCAUCUCUGAGCUGGAUUCACUGAAUGAAGAUUCAUACAAAGACAGUACUCUCAUUAUGCAGCUGCUAAGGGAUAACCUCACAUUAUGGACCUCUGACACCGCAGCGGACGAAGGCGAGCCAGCAGAGGGCGGCGAGAGCUAGACGCACACCGACUCCUCUGCCAAAUGGGAAAAAACGGGGAACGAAAUGACGAAACCUUUUUACACUUCUCCAUUCCUAUUGCUCCACAUACAAAAAAAUCUCCUAGCAAUGAAAAUGCAUCAGUACUGAAGAGCUGUUAAAGGGAAUUCAGCCAUUUAGUUUUUCACAGCGCAGCUUUCGGAAAGAAAUUGGAAACAAACAAACAAACAAACAAAAAAAAAAACCUCCAUUCCUUAAUUUGUGUUUGUCAUAGCCUUCCAUAUGUGUAGUUUCUGCUGUAGAAAAGUAUUAAGAGCUUCACUUUAUAUUGAUGUAAAUUUCCCAUUUGAAAUACAAUUUGAAUAUGAAUGUGGCAGUUCAGGGCUUGCGUGCAUGUUCACGUAGUUUAUCAGAUUGCAUUUGAAAAUUUCAAAUGCUAGCGGUUAGCGUACCAUGGCAGUGAGGGUUUCUUUGUCAAACUGGCUUAAAUUAACAUGUUCCUCAGACUUUUGCUUUUUGUCUUCUUUCUGCACAGUGCUGUAGAGUACCAGCUGCUGUAAUAGUCUGUACUAGCCUGGAGUGACCCUGUGUUUGCUGGCUGUUUGGUACUGCUAUGAGGGGGAGGGGGGGGGGGGGUGUUGAAGUCACACAGCCUGGCUCUUCACAGACCGAGGUCGCUAAGCACUCCUUCUUAGAUACGGUUCUCACUUCAGUCUGACUUUGUAACACGCCUGAAUAAACAGGGUUGCGGGGGGCGGGGGGAACUUUCUGAAGACCAAAAAUAAAAUGACAAAAAAAAGCUGAAUCCUACAUGUCCUACACUGGAGAGGGAGGCGAUGCUGUGCUCAUCAGGUGCAAGUGUUGGGUUUAAUACUUUUCAAUGCAGGGUUAUGCACAUGUAAGAGGGCGUCCGGUUAGUCCAUUGAGUGUCAUUUAGAGAUUUGGACCACUAUUAUGUUUUGCUAAUCAUUGAUUGUAGUCCCCAAGAAGCCUUGUGAAAAUGUCCAAUGCCCUACGUAACGGCUAUAUGACAUGAAUAAAAAUAAUUACGUUUUAUAAACCAA